AUGUGCACGACUUGUGCUGGAAAGCGUCAGGUACCGCAACAAACUAAGAGGCCCGAAUCGUGGCCUCGUGAGGGGAGAGACCCGGAUCGAGAACAUGUCCGCAAACCUCACCAGCGAGAAGAGAAGGUCUGCAAUCAGCCAAGAUCGUCGGGUCGUGCGACGAGAGUUGAGCACAUGGAGCCCGAGGAGAAGGCACGUCACCAACGACGAAUUCAAAAUUUGUCGCAAAAUGCUCAAGGACAGCGAUUGACAAUCCGUGAACUACCAUCUAAGCGCUGUGAUAGUCGGAAAGACACGCAUGAACCGCUAACACGUGACGAUAGAAGGCGAAGAUCGACGCAAACAACAGAAUCACAGCAAGAAGCUGCUCGUCGGUGCAGUUUACAGCAACAAAAUACAAUUUAUCGCGUGUCCAAGGAGUCGGUCAUGCCGAAUCGCUCAGUCAGCACGAAUAAAAUCGAGACUCAACCAUAUUGGACUUCUGCCGGAACUUCGAGUCGUAAAAGCAACUCUAGCGGCGGACAAUCUGAGCCUCGCAGAUCGGAAGAGAAGAGUCAGCGGCUAAGCACGACAGCCGAUAUCCUUGGGAUGUCCCGGGCACUUGAAUUGCCACCCAAUUACUUCGACAUGAGCUCAUCGUCGCAAACAUUUUCAGCAAUGAGAUCGCCGGAACAAGACGCGCUAGACUGUAGACAAAAGCUACGUAGCUCUACGGAACAAGACGCGCUAGACUGUAGACAGAAGCCAAGUAGCUCUACGGAACAAGACGCGCUAGACUGUAGACAGAAGCCAAGUAGCUCUACGGAAACAAGGCAAAGCAGAAGAAGAACGACAACGGCAUUGCCUCAACUGGAGCUCCAGAAGCAAGACGAAACAGAAGAAGAGCGAGAACGACGACGAAGUGCCUCGUACGCUCGUAUGCUUUUGCGGAUGCAACGUCACUAUGAUGCGGUGCAGGUGAAUGGAAACCAAGCUUGUCCUACCACAGCUCCGCCACGACGGAUUCGUACGACACGACAGGGAAAGUCGACCGUGGUCCGUGACGUCAAGGAUGACCCCACCAAAUUUGCCAUCGAUCUUGACUACCUGAGUGCUUACAAGGAUGCCCGAUAG